AUGGAGGAUGCAACAACACAUGAUUCUCCGCCGGGGCCGCCGACAUCUGUCAGCUGCCCGAACCCAAAUCCUCCUCUGACUAGCUUCGACCGGUUGGAUCUCCUCAAGGCCCUAAAGAAGCAUACCGCAAGUUACGGCUUCAAAGUUACCAUCCUGAGAACCAAGACACGCCCCAAUGGCGAGAUCUAUCGCGUGCUCCUUGUCUGCGACCGUGGUGGCCGCCCCAAACCCUCCCAGAGCCGUGGUAUCCGAAAUGCCAAAUCUACAAAGACGGACUGUAAAUGGUCCAGCGUCCUCCUGCACACCGGCACAGAGUGGCUCCAUGUACCGGGCCACUCCGUGCACAAUCAUCCUCCGCCCCUGAGCUUCGAGCCUCGUGACUCGGCGAGAAGCCGUGCAGAGGCUAGGAAGGCCGCCUCCACCCGCGUCCGCAUACGUGCUGUCCUCCCCAACCUUUUCCUCGGUGCCUGGCCCCCAGGCCCCAAGAAUUCCUUGACCGACGUGCCUGGCGUCCUCGUCUCGACGCACUCGUUGCACCCCAUGUGGACUGUCAACACCGGCGUCACCUGCAUUCUGCCUCGGAAGGAGUGGUUCUCAGAGGCUUGUCAUGCUGGCAUCUUCCGCUUCAAUGGUGCCGGAGAGAUGACCGGCUCUCAUUGGAUCGCCGAGACGGGUCUCCUUAACUCGCCCAUCAUCAUCACCAACACGUUGGCCGUCGGUGACGCCGUCAGGGGCGUGUACGAAUAUGCUGUCGAGCACUAUUCCACUGAGGGCGGCGAGCUCAAGUCCUUCCUGUUACCCGUCGUCGCCGAGACCUUUGACGGCUACCUCAGCGACAUUUGCAAAAUGUCCGUCAAAUCGACAGACAUUGUACGGAGCAUCAACGAGGCCAGUGAUGCGCCAGUCAAGGAGGGUAACUCUGGCGGCGGCACAGGCAUGAUCUGCCAUCACUGGAAGGGUGGCACUGGUUCGGCUUCACGCGUGGUCCCAGGCCAGGAUGCCGACGGCGAGCCCAAACCAUACACCGUCGGUGUACUCGUCCAGGCCAACUAUGGCAAGGCGGCGCACCUUCGCAUUGGUGGUGUUCCUGUGGGACGGAUCCUUCUGUAUCAGCGAGAUCAGGAGCAGGCGGCGCUUCUUCCAAGGGACGAACAGUCGCCGCAGCAGCAGCAAUCGUUACCGCGAGUGCCACUGCCACCGGGACAAUUAUCCUUCAAUGCACAACAGCAACAGCACCAUCAGACACAACAGAGGGAACACCAAAUGCAGCAAGAAGAGCGGCGUCAGCAACAGAUCAUAGAGCAACAGCGACAGCAGAUCAUUCAGCAGGAGCAGGAGCAUAUGUUGUUUCAGGAGCAACAACAACAACGUCGUCAGCAGGAGCGUCAACAAGAGCAGCAGCAGCUUCAACAAGAGCAGCAACAGCUUCAACAAGAGCAGCAGCAGCUUCAACACGAGCAGCAAGCUCGACAGCGACAGGAACAGCAGCAGCCACCGCGUCAGGAGCAACCACAGCAGGGCCACGGACCUGUGCAGUCAUCAGUCGAUGCCCCGCAGAUACAGGAGAACCAGAACCAUGAACGUCCAGCAGAAGAAGGCUCCGGAAUGGAACUCGAUGACGACGAGGAGAACGACGAUGACGACGACGACGAUGCUGAUGAUGCUGGUGAUGCUGAUGCUGGUGAUGCUGGUGAUGCUGGUGAUGCUAAUGAUGCUGGUGAUGCUGGUGAUGAUGCUGAUGAUCCCCAAUCCGCCGCAGACGCCCAAAUUCAAUCCCAAGUCCUCGAUCAGUACCGCAACUGGCAAGCCCACCUCGCCGCCCACAAGGAGCGCAAAGACGGCAGUAUCAUCGUGAUCAUUGCCACCGAUGCUCCUCUCACGCCAACACAGUGCGAGCGUCUCGCUAAGCGCGCAACCGUCGGCUUCUCCCGCGUCGGCGGCUACGGACACAACCCAUCCGGCGAUCUUUUUCUUGCCUUUUCGACGGGAAACCAUGUUCCCGUGCAAACGCUGGCAAUGGACGGCUCGGAUGCCUUUGACUCGUACAAGGCAAAGGCGCUGAAGCUCGAGGCUGUCGAUGAUGCAGGCAUCAAUGGACUUUUUGAAGCAGCGGCGGACGCUACGGAAGAGGCGAUUUACAACUCAAUCGUCAUGGCAGAUUCCAUGGAGGGUUUCAAGGGGAGGAAGGUUGAAGGCAUUCCCAUCCCGAAGCUGAAGGACAUCAUGUCCCGAUAUCUAUGA